GAGAGAGAGAGAGAGAGAGAGAGAGAGAGAGAGAGAGAGAGAGAGAUUUCACGUCAGUGUGUUGGCUGUAGUUGCCACCCCUAGCCUUACUUCCCCCUGUCAUGUGGAAAGACUCAGCUCAUGUUUAUUUUCCUGGCUUGCAUUGAAAAGUAGGCGGGACUUAGCCCUGUAGGCAGCCAAUGGAUCGUCACUGCAGCACACAGUAGGCGGGACUUGCCGUGGAAGCAGCCAAUGGGCUCUCACUGCAACGUAGCUCAACGAGAAGCUGAAGCUCUGCCCUCCUCGUCGUCUGUCUCUUCAGAGGUGGAGUCUCCCCCACAGCUUUCAUGACUUUUUUUUUCUCCAGAGAGAGUGUGUGUAUGUGUAUGUCAGUGUGUAUGUAUGUUUGUGUGUGUGUGUAAGUUUGUGUGUGUAUGUGACUGGCUGUCUGUGAGGGAUACACCCUUGUCGUUCAACAUUGUCUGUGGAGGGAUUUUUAGGUGACUCCUCUUCAGGUGUGGAUGGUACAAUUGUAGACAUUGUGAUCGGAUAGAGAGAGACAAGACGCACACUUUUUCGCCCUGAUGUCUCAGCACAGACAGGCCACCUCAGCUGCACCAGCCCCAGUGAAGCAUGCCCAAUUUGAGGCUGGAGCGAAGGCGACCGCAUCGCCCGCCACCUCAGCAGGAGCAGGAGCAGGACGUGGAGCGGUCCCUGCCGCCACACAGAAAGGCUCCCCCAAACCCAUGGCGGAGACGAAACUUGUGACUCCCAGUCCAGCAGCACCCAAGGGUUCCCCUAAAGAUGUCCCAAAGACGUCAGCAAGCUCCACAGCAACCUCCACUGCAGGGGCAGUGAAAGCUACAGACCCCGCGAAAGCCAAGACCACCCCAGCACAAGACACACUCAAGAGUUCUGCCAUCACUUCAAGCACAUCCCACACAGCUAAGGCGGGUGCUAAGGGUGGUGUGUCUACCGACACUAAAGCAAAGGACACUAAGCCAGCAGACACCAAGGUGCAGAGGGAGGUGGGCCCACCUAAAUCACAAGCCAAGGCUCCGGCCCUUGAUAUUGAUCCAUUAGAUGCCCUGGCUGGUACUUUGCCUGAUGAGUCUUUGAGACCCACCGCUCCCGUGUACACUGGGCCAGAAGUCACCGAGGCUGGAUUAACGACAGAGGAGGGUGUGUUAGUGGGGGAGAGAGAUGACACACUUCCAGAGGGAUACAGAAAAGCGGACCUGGAAAAGAAGGCACCAGCUGCCAAGCCAGAGCCAAAGCCCACACAGAAGCCCCUGAGCACAGACGCAGCCUUGGAUUCACUGUCUGCAGGCUUCAUGUCCUCCGCUCCCCCCGCACCAAAGAAGACAGAGACAAAAGUUGAGGAUGUAGCAGCUAUUGAUGCCUUGUCAGCCGGUUUCUCAAACUUCGCACCACCACCCCCUGCUUCCACAAAGUCUCCUGCCCCUCCUGCUGAUAAGAAAGCCAAAGUGGACAAGGUAUCUGAUGACUUCUCCCUGAUGGCAGGACUGAGUGCCCCUGCUCCUGCUCCUGCCCCUGUGCUCGCCCCUGCCGGCCCCAAGGAUGCCUCCAUAUCUCUGGAUGCCCUGAGUGCCUUAGAGGACAUGCUCCCAACAGCAGAGCCAGUGCCAGAGUCCCCCAAACUCAGACCUGAGGACAUUGUAACGGAGGAGAAGACAAAGAAAGAGAAGGGUGUGAUUUGUGGAGAGAGAGAUGACACACUGCCCCCCGACUAUCGCUUUACAGAGGAGGACCUCAUGAAAUACCCAGCCCCUAAGCCUGAGCCCUCCAUGGACCCGUCUGAUGCUCUGGACCUGCUGUCUGGUGACUUCAUGACAUCCAGCGCUGCUCCUGCUGUCCAGGCCCCCGUCAUCACCCCCUCUGCUCCCCCACAACCGCCUAAAGUUGAUGAUCUGUCUGCACUGGAUGCUCUGGCUGGAGACUUUGUUGCUGCUCCUGCCGUUGCUCCUGCUAAGAUCUCUGCCCCUGCCCCUCCCCCAGCUGCCGUCAGACCUGCCACUGAAGGGGGUAUGUCUCUGGAUGCCCUGAGUGCCUUAGAGGACAUGCUCCCCACAGCAGAGCCAGUGCCAGAGUCCCCCAAACUCAGACCUGAGGACAUUGUAACGGAGGACAAGACGAAUAAAGAGAAGGCUGUGCUAUGUGGAGAGAGAGACGACUCGCUGCCCCCUGACUACCGCUUUACAGAGGAGGAUCUCAAGAAAUACCCAGCCCCUAAGCCUGAGCCCUCCAUGGACCCGUCUGAUGCUCUGGACCUGCUGUCUGGUGACUUCAUGACAUCCAGUGCUGCUCCUGCUGUCCAGGCCCCCGUCAUCACCCCCUCUGCUCCCCCACAACCGGCUGCAUCUGACUUUGCCCUGGACGCGCUUGCUGGAGAUUUCGUUGCUCCUGCUGUGGCUCCUGCAGCUGUUCAGUCCUCUGUGUGUUCAGCAGCUGAGAGACAGUUGUCAUCAGGGACGUGCGAUGCUCUGGAUGCCCUCUCAGAUACGCUGAUGGACACGACACCAGCUCCCCAGCCUGUCCCUGUAGCACCCAAAGACAUCGUCAAGGAGAGGACCAUUGAGGAGGAGAAGCUCAUCAAGAUGGGAGAAAGAGACGACACUCUGCCCCCAGAAUACAGGCCAAGCGAGGACGACCUGAAGGCGGUACCUGCAGUCCAGCCCGAUGUCAGGCCCAAACAGAAGUCCAUGGAUGACACAUCAGCUCUGGAUCUCCUCUCCAGUGACUUCUCUUCCUCCCCCAUCGUCCCUGCUGUGGUGCCUGCAGCCCCCGUGGAGAGCUCUUCUCUCGCUCCGGCACCUGCUCCAGUGCUUGAUGCUCUGGCAGACUCUCUGAUCCCCCAGGCGGUGGCAGAGGUCAAGCCCAAGUCAAAGGUCAGCCAGGGUGACACACACAUCACACCUGAGCAGGAGAGCAUCGAAGUAAAUAGGAGUGGAAAAUCCAAAUCCAAAUCAAAGAAACACGCAGCAGAGGACUCAUCGGCCCUGGAUCUCCUUUCUGACCAGCUGACAACAGACGUAGUUUCCACAUCCUCCACAAAGAAGGGAGGCAAGAGAUAGACAACUCAUGAUACUGGUGUGCCCGCCUCCCCCUGCCGUGAUCAGUUGCAUAUUAAGCCAGCUAAGCUGCUCAAGGUCCCCGUUGGUUUUUUGUUUUCGUUUUUCAUAAUUUUCUACUCCAGACAGAAUACACUGACACAUGAUGAGACCCAUCUACACACACACACACACACACACACACACACACACACACACACACACACACACACACACACACACACACACACACACACACACACACACACACACACACACACAUGCACACACACACACACACACACGCUAAACCACUUGCACACACUCAAGCUCAUAUGUGACACCACAGGCAGCCUCACACACAGAACAUGAAACGCAUGAUUUGAAAGCCACCAAUUUGCACACCUACACACUCUCACACACACAACCUCACACACCUGUGAUCAUUUGUUCAAUCACACUGCAAGAGCUGUGCCGUUCCAACGCACGUUCACCUGUUUCCAGGCAAAAAAAAAGCUUCAAAUCGCACCGCAGUUCCUCUAAUGCCAGGGCAUGUAGUGUGUGUAAUCAUGUGACCGAUGGCUUGCUUGGGACAGUUACUCCCACGGCGUUCGUGUUUUUCAAUUCAUGUCUCGGAGUUUAAUGCAGCACAAGUGUUAGGGGGAUUAAAGCGAGGUGUUUAAGGGCAAUAUGUUGUGUGCGUGUGUGUGUGUGUGUGCACGGGCGGAUGGGUGUAUGUGUGUUUGUGUGCAUGCGUGCAUACAGAGAGAAGGGUUGUAUUAUGGGGGUGCAGGAGAGGCAUACGCAGGUGUGUGUGCGUGCACCUUGAGACACUAGUGUACAGCACUGUGUAGUUUUAUUUAGAUAAUGUAGUUUACAGCAUUAUAAAAAAAAACAUGUAAAAGGAUUUACAAAAAAACUCUUUUUAUCUCAACACUUUUCUGUUGGCUUCUGUAGUACAUGUACAAAUGAUAUCUCAAAUAUAUAUGUUCAGGAAGGGACUUUGUUUUUUUGUGGGUUUUUUUUUCCUUCUCGUUAAGUGCACUUAAAAAUUCAGACCCGAAUCAUGACAACCUGUGUAUGAGGGCCGCUCCAAGUACACUGUAAAAAUAAAAAAAAAACACACACACACAAAAUGGCCUCCAGUGGUGGUGUGUUUUGAGGGCUGCACAGUGGUGAUGAGUGGACUGUGUCAAAUUCUUCAGGGGAGAUAAUUCCAAGAAGUUGUUUUGUGGCAAAACCGAUUAAGUUGACCUGGCGGUAGUUGUAAGUAAAUCAGCUAAUAAAAGAGCCUGGAAUCUCAAUUUCCCUAACUAAAUGAGCAGUUGAUCUAUUAGCAGGUUUACCAGUUUUGUGUACUGCAGGUUAACAUACUCAGAUUUGUCACUCAACCAUUUUCUUGGAAGUAACCCUCUCCAUGCCCCACCCCCAAUAGAUGUAUCUAUGUGCCAAAAGGACACCCCAGUCUCAUACAGCUUUAACCCCCUGGACUUAGCCACACAUACUCCACAACCUAAGUUGCCGUCUCAUUGGCUGGCAAGAGGAGGAACCUGGGUGAAAGACUCCUAAUAAUGUUUACAUCCUUUUGAAUGUCAAGGGGAUAGCGGGAAAGUUGAGUGUAUUUUUUUGUGUGUUGCUUUGUUUGUACUGAUACUAAGAAUGGUCAAAAGUUACAGUCAAAACUGGUUUUAUAUGUCAUGUAAUCCAACUGUAGAAAUCUUAAUCACCACCACCCCCCAGAUACUUAAGCGUAGUUAAGCUUUAUAUCAGAGAGGCAUGACACAUGCAAAAAAUUACGUUUUAGGAAUGUUUACUCGUAUUUUUCUAUUCUGGGCUGUACUGUAUGGACAUCUAUGCAAACGACAGUGUUGUCAUGUCGGCAUGUGCUAUUGUACCAUGCCAGCUUUACCAGAUUUGAUUGGUCGAGGGCAGCACAAUGGCCAAGCUGAAGACAAGCGCCGUCUUCUCUCCCCCACGUGCCUCUGUAUUGAAGUGCAGUGAUUUAAAUUCUAACUAUGAUCCAUUUUCUGGAAAUGGGAUUUUAUUUUCUGCUAUGAAUAAAGAUUUUGAAAAGUGAACGAA